AUGUUAAAAAUAAAAAAGAAAAUAUAGUGCCUUUUUUAAGAUAAGGAAGCUCUAGCUUACAUCUUUACUUAAGUUAAAGAUGUAGAAGGAAAAAUAUAUAAUUUUAUGUUAGAAAUAUUUCGAAAAGAAAAAGUUGAAGAUUGUAUUGGAUAUCUUUUGGAGAAUGAAAAUCAAAAACGUAUAGAAUAAUCCAUCUUACAACAAGGAGGGAAGUUUGAAGAAGCUGAGAAUAAAUAGAAACUAUAGGUUGCUAGAAAUGAAAUGAGAAUAAUUAGUGAUGUCUUAAAAAAAAUAAAAGAUCAUGAAUUCAAUAAAAAAGACUUUUCCUGUGUAGAAAAAUAAGAAUCUAUCUUAGAUCUAAUUAAAAGCAUAAAGGAUAAUAUAUAGAUCAUAGAAUAUUUGAAAUUUUUAGUUCACCUAACAUCCAUCGAUAAGACUGUAAUCUAAUGUGGGUCUAAUUCAUUAUAUGUAUUAGUUUAGAUGAAGGCGGAUCUUAGAGAUUAAAAUUUUGAAAAUAUUAAGAUCUAAAAUACUUCUCUAGUAGGAGCAAAUUUUAUUAGAUGUAAUUUAAGUGGAUCAGAAUUUAAUAAUGUUAGCAUAAGUGGGAUUAAUUUGAAUGAAACAUUACUAUGGUAUUGUAAAUGGAAGAAUAUUAAGCUUCAAGAAUUGAAUAAAUUAGAUGGUCAUCAUGAUAAUGUAAACUCAGUCUGCUUCACGACUGAUGGUACUACACUAGCAACUUGUAGUGGAAAUCCUGUUUAUUAUAGCAUUGAUAAUUCCAUCCGCCUUUGGGAUGUUAAAACAGGAUAAUAAAAAGCCAAAAUCGAUGGUCAUACUAGCACUGUCAAUUCAGUCAGUUUUUCUCCUGAUGGAAAAACAUUAGCGUCUGGAAGCGGUGAUAAGUCUAUCCGUUUAUGGGACUUCAAAACAGGAAAAUAAAAAGCCAAAUUGGAAGGUCAUACUAAAGGAAUCAACUCAGUAUGUUUCUCUCCUGAUGGAAAUAUAUUAGCAUCUUGUAGUUAUGAUAACUCUAUUCGUCUAUGGGAUAUGAAGACUAAGAAAUAAAGAGCCAAAUUAGAUGGUCAUACUAGCACAGUCAACUCAGUCUGUUUUUCUCCUGAUGGAAAUACAUUAGCGUCUGGAAGCGGUGAUAUAUCUAUUCGUCUUUGGGAUGUCAAAACAGGAUAAUAAAAAGCGAAAUUAGAUGGUCAUAGUGGAUAUGUCCUAUCAGUUUGUUUCUCCCCUGAUGGUAUUACAUUAGCAUCCGGAAGUGAUGAUAAGUCUAUCCGUCUAUGGGAUGUCAAAACAGGAUAAUAAAAAGCUAAAUUUGAUGGUCAUACUAGCACUGUCUGUUCAGUCUGUUUCUCCCCUGAUGGAAAUACAUUAGCAUCUGGUAGUGGUGAUAACUCUAUCCGUUUAUGGGAUGUCAAAACAGGAAAAUAAAAAGCCAAAUUAGAUGGUCAUAGUGGAUAUGUCUUGUCAGUCUGUUUCUCUCCUGAUGGAAAUACAUUAGCUUCUGGUAGUGAUGAUAAGUCUAUCCGUCUAUGGGAUGUCAAAACAGGAUAAUAAAAAGCCAAAUUAGAUGGUCAUAGUAGUUAUGUCUUGUCAGUCUGUUUCUCUCCUGAUGGAAAUACAUUAGCUUCUGGUAGUGAUGAUAAGUCUAUCCGUCUAUGGGAUGUCAAAACAGGAUAAUAAAAAGCCAAAUUAGAUGGUCAUAGUAGUUAUGUCUUGUCAGUCUGUUUCUCUCCUGAUGGAAAUACAUUAGCUUCUGGUAGUGAUGAUAAGUCUAUCCGUCUAUGGGAUGUCAAAACAGGAUAAUAAAAAGCCAAAUUAGAUGGUCAUAGUAGUUAUGUCUUGUCAGUCUGUUUCUCUCCUGAUGGAAAUACAUUAGCUUCUGGUAGUGAUGAUAAGUCUAUCCGUCUAUGGGAUGUCAAAACAGGAUAAUAAAAAGCCAAAUUAGAUGGUCAUAGUAGUUAUGUCUUGUCAGUCUGUUUCUCUCCUGAUGGAAAUACAUUAGCUUCUGGUAGUGAUGAUAAGUCUAUCCGUCUAUGGGAUGUCAAAACAGGAUAAUAAAAAGCCAAAUUAGAUGGUCAUAGUAGUUAUGUCUUGUCAGUCUGUUUCUCUCCUGAUGGAAAUACAUUAGCUUCUGGUAGUGAUGAUAAGUCUAUCCGUCUAUGGGAUGUCAAAACAGGAUAAUAAAAAGCUAAAUUUGAUGGUCAUACUAGCACUGUCUGUUCAGUCUGUUUCUCCUCUGAUAGAAAUACAUUAGCAUCUGGAAGCGGUGAUAUGUCUAUCCGUCUUUGGGAUGUCCAAGCUGGAUAAUAAAUAGCCAAAUUGGAUGGUCAUAGAGGCUAUGUUAUGUCAGUCUGUUUCUCUCCUGAUGGAAAUACAUUAACAUCUGGUAGUUAGGAUAACUUUAUCCGUUUAUGGGAUGUCAAAAAAGAAUAAUAAAAAGUGAAAUUAGAUGGUCAUAGUGGAUAUGUCCUAUCAGUUUGUUUCUCCCCUGAUGGUAUUACAUUAGCAUCCGGAAGUGAUGAUAAGUCUAUCCGUCUAUGGGAUGUCAAAACAGGAUAAUAAAAAGCUAAAUUUGAUGGUCAUACUAGCACUGUCUGUUCAGUCUGUUUCUCCUCUGAUAGAAAUACAUUAGCAUCUGGAAGCGGUGAUAUGUCUAUCCGUCUUUGGGAUGUCCAAGCUGGAUAAUAAAUAGCCAAAUUGGAUGGUCAUAGAGGCUAUGUUAUGUCAGUCUGUUUCUCUCCUGAUGGAAAUACAUUAACAUCUGGUAGUUAGGAUAACUUUAUCCGUUUAUGGGAUGUCAAAAAAGAAUAAUAAAAAGUGAAAUUAGAUGGUCAUAGUGGAUAUGUCCUAUCAGUUUGUUUCUCCCCUGAUGGUAUUACAUUAGCAUCCGGAAGUGAUGAUAAGUCUAUCCGUCUAUGGGAUGUCAAAACAGGAUAAUAAAAAGCUAAAUUUGAUGGUCAUACUAGCACUGUCUGUUCAGUCUGUUUCUCCCCUGAUGGAAAUACAUUAGCAUCUGGUAGUGGUGAUAACUCUAUCCGUUUAUGGGAUGUCAAAACAGGAAAAUAAAAAGCCAAAUUAAAUGGUCACAAUGAUUAUGUGAGAUCAGUCUGUUUCUCUCCUGAUGGAAAUACAUUAGCAUCUGGUAUUUAUGAUAACUCUAUCCGUUUAUGGGACGUCAAAAAAGGAUAAUAAAAAGCCAAAUUAGAUGGCCAUAGUGGUAAUGUUAUGUCAGUCUGUUUCUCCCCUGAUGGAAAUACAUUAGCAUCUGGUAGUGGUGAUAACUCUAUCCGUCUAUGGGAUGUCAAAACAGGAUAAUAAAAAGCCAAAUUAGAUGGCCAUAGUGGUAAUGUUAUGUCAGUCUGUUACUCUCCUGAUGGAAAUACAUUAGCCUCUGGUAGUUAGGAUUAGUCAAUCUGUCUUUGGGUUGCCAAUACAGGAUAAUACAAAGCCAAAUUGGAAGGUCAUACUCAUUAUGUCUACUCAGUAUGUUUCACUGCUGAUGGAAAUACAUUAGCAUCUGGUAGUGGUGAUAACUCUAUCCGUUUAUGGGAUGUCAAAACAGGAUAAUAAAAAGCUAAAUUAGAUGGUAAUACUAGCACUUUCUGUUCAGUCUGUUUCUCCCCUGAUGGAUAUACAUUAGCUUCUGGUAGUUAUGAUAACUUUAUCCGUAUAUGGGAUGUCAAAAUAGGAAAAGAAAUUAAACACUAAAACAACAAUACCAAAGAAAUUCUACAAAAAUAUACCACUCCGUUAUUAUAAAAUAAUCCUUUUACAAAUUUUGGUAUCAUUAAUUUGUUAUUUUAUUUAGUUAAUCCCAAUAUUCCAAUUCUUGUUAUAUCCAAAAAUCCUUACUUCCUUUCAAAUGGAGCUUUAAUCUUUUAAGGAGAAUUUUACACCACUUGGGGAGAAGAUUUACGAGCAUUUUUUGAAUCUAGAGGAGGUUGUAUUUUAGAAAACGUCAAUUAAAUUAAAAAAAAGUGA